UGGACGAGACUCCCCUGACUCCAGCGCCCUUAACCUUCCUGGCUGCGAGGAGGCGGGACCUGGGGGAGGCGCGCAUGCGCAAAGGAAGGUUCGCCUUCAGGCCGGAACUGUUGUUUCGGACUCGGCGGAGCACCGGGACCCAGGAGUGUGCUCGGCCGGAAGUGGCCGCUGAGGACUUGGGACCAGAAUUGGCGUGCGGGGCCUGCCGCGGCUGUUAACAAGUAAUAGAGAAUCAGGAUGGAGACCGUGGCGACCACGGCGGCGGCGAGGGAACCCGAUGAAGGCUGCACAGAGCCCAGUACUGGGCACUGGGGGGAGCUGAGCUGGACGCCUGUCCCACCCAGACCCCAGGACAAGGUGAAAGCAGCAGAGGGAGCACCAGAGGCCCCGAAUGGUGGCCCCCCUGGGGUUGAGGAUGCGGCAGUGAGUGCCAUGCUGCGUGCCGUGGCCGCCAGCCGCCUGCCCGUGUGCAGCCAGCAGCAGGGCGAGCCUGACCUGACCGAGCAGGAGAAGGUGGCCAUCCUGGGCCAGCUGUACCAUGAGAAGCCGCUGGUGUUCCUGGAGCGCUUCCGCACGAGCCUCCGUGAGGAGCACCUGGCCUGCUUUGGCCACUUGCGCGGUGACCAUCGGGCAGACUUCUACUGUGCCGAGGUGGCCCGGCAGGGCAGCGCCCGACCCCGCACCCUGCGCACCCGCCUGCGUAACCGGCGCUACGCUGCCCUGCGUGAGCUCAUCCAAGGUGGCGAGUACUUCAGUGACGAGCAGAUGCGGUUCCGGGCCCCGCUGCUGUACGAGCAGUACAUUGGGCAGUACCUAACCCAGGAGGAGCUCAGCGCCCGCGCCCCAGCCCACCGGCCUCCUGAGCCCGGCGCCCCCGGCACCGCCUGCCCGCUCUCUGACCUGCUGCUCCAGUCCUGCCAGGAGCGGGAGCUGCAGCAACGGCUGCUCCGACAGCAGGAGGAGGAGGAGGCCUGCCUGGAGGAGGAAGAGGAGGAAGAGGACAGCGAUGAGGAAGACCAGAGCCCUGGCAAAGACUCAGAGGCCUGGGUCCCUGACUCGGAAGAGAGGCUGAUCCUGCGGGAAGAGUUCACCAGCCGGAUGCACCAGCACUUUCUGGACGGCAAGGACGGGGACUUUGACUACAGCACUGUGGAUGACAACCCCGACUUUGACAACCUAGACAUCGUGGCGCGGGAUGAGGAGGAGAGGUACUUCGACGCGGAGGAGCCCGAGGAGGCACCCAGCCCAGAGCUGGAUGGGGACUGACAGCCGCGCCGCCCACCCUGCCCGUGACUUCCUCUAGGGGACAGCAGGGCAGCCGCCCCACACCCCCGGCCUCGCUGGCUCUGGUGCCGUCCCGGCCCAGCCCCUGCCCCCUCUGUGUGCAGGGCUCCCUGCCUUCCCCCACUCUCCUUCCCUGAUCCAGGUCUGUCUCGCUGUCUCUCUCACUCGCUUUUUCUCCAUCCCUCUCCUCUUUCUACACGUCACUGUCUUUUUCCUCUCUGGCCUUCUGUCUCUCCCCUCUGUGUGCCUUGGCCUCUGUUCCCACGACCAGGCUCAGGCUGAACAUCCUCCCCCGAUGGAGGCCAGCGGGGCUCUUUGUAGCUGGAGCCGGCCAGGUCAGUGCCGGAGCGCAGCGCAGGGUCGUGAGCCCCCGGGCUCCGCCUGCUUGUCCAGCUCUGUACUGGUGGGCUCUUGCCUCCUUCAACUUCACCCUGGGCCUCUGGUGCUUCCUGCCCACACACCCCCAUCUAUCAGCCUCCAUGCCGCCUGCCUCGGCCCUCUGCCUCUCAGCCUCUCUCUGUUUUCAGUGUCAUCUCCCCCCAAACCCCAGCCUGGCUGCUGAGGAAGGAGCCUCACCGGGGAGGCUACCAGCUCCCACCUCUCCUUCAGGACCCAGGCUUGGGAGGGGGGUGUGGGGCAGCACUGGGGCCAUGGGCCUGAGAGCUUGGGUGUGGAGGGAGGAGGGUGGGGAGGGGGGCUCUCUCCUUCAGCCCCACCGGCCAGCCCCUCUCUGCCUGGCCACAAUUUUCCCUUCCUUCACUUCCUCCACCUCCUUCUCCCUCUCCUGUUUACACUCCCCAAAUACGCACAGGCUGUUAUCAUGGGUCCUGAGUCAUCCCACACACACAGCCUGCCCCAGCAUCCCUGCCCCCAGCUGGCCACAGGGCCCGCCCCACAGAGCCCCCCGCCGCCCUGGGCUAAUGGGAGCCAGAUGGCCUCUUGGUGACUCAGCCACUUGGCCUGUGGGAACCCAGGCGUCCUGCCUUCCCAUGCCCCCAUACCCGGUUCAUGCUCCCUCAGUAGACACAGACACACACACACAGAAGGGGUCAGCUGUUGGCAGGGGGUACAGGCCACACAGGUCAGAGAGAUAGGGCCUGGGGACCCUUCACUCCUGUGAGCCAGCAUGGUGACACCCUGCAUAGCCAGGCCUGAAGACACUCGAAACCACCUCAGGCAUAUGGCCCGGAGAAAGGGGGAGACCCCCAAGGCCUCCCGGGACCACAGCCCUUGACCCCUGGGCCUCAGCUCUGCCCUCUGGGUCAGCCAGAACUAGAGCCAGACACAGAAAGUGAGAGCUGGCCUAGAGGCCGAGGGACAUUCACACAGAGAGACCAUUAAAAGAGGAAACUUCCGGUCACUGAGCAGUUCUGUCCUAUUCCAGGCCGGAUGGGCCUGAUGCCCCAUGGAAUUCUCCAAACAACCCCAUGAACUAGGGACUCCGCUCCAUUUCAUAAGUGAGGGGAGGGGGCCAGAAGGGGAAUGUUACUUGCUCGAGGCCUCACGGCCACUGACGAAAAGCGAGGUCUAGAACUUCACAAGUCCUAGAGACCAUUCUAGCCUGUGUGUUAGCUGUCAGGGCCACUGGGAGCAGACAGACGCACGGACUUGCUCAGAAAGGUCACGAAGAGACAGCUGUCGAGGGUGAUACCAGCAGCUUACGCUUUGGGGCCCUCCCCACGUGCUCGGCACCAUGCUGCACACGGGCUUGGAAUCAUCUCGAUGGUGUGUAAGUCAGCACCUGGACCAGAACCAUCACGGCAGUCCUACUCCUCACUUCCUGCCAGUAGCAAUGCCCUGGCUCCCAGAGAAGACCCCUGAUUGGCCGGCCAGACUCGCCCUUGGAGAGCCUGAAAGCCAGAGGAUGGAAGACGUUUGUCCCUCGGGUACACACGUGUGUGUGUGUGUGUGUGUGUGUGCACGCGCGCGUGUGCGCCCACAGUCAGAGGACUUCUCUAAGCCAGGGAGCAGCCCCGAGUGAGGUGUGCAGUUUUCAUCAGUCUGUCAUUUGAUCCUUAAUGCUGUUUGUGAUAUACUUUGCCAUACAUAGAUUUGUUACAUAAUAAAGAGUGAUGAGAGACCACA